GUCGGAAAAGAAGGGUUGGGGCACAUGCGCGGUUAGUCGGUGGCCUGGCGCCGAGUGGGUGUCGCGUAAGGCCUUGUCUUUCGGCACGUUCGCGUGGGUAUCUCCUCAGUAGAGGCCGGUUCCAGGAGGGCCCUAGUAGUGUAGGUCGAGGUGUAAAAGAGUCGGGUGGGUGAAACGGGAUGUCCGGGGUCACGGGAGGUUCGACGGGCUCGGCCCGAAAGCGGCUGCUGAAGGAGGAGGACAUGACCAAAGUGGAGUUCGAGACGAGCGAGGAGGUGGAUGUCACCCCCACCUUCGACACCAUGGGCCUACGCGAGGACCUGCUGCGCGGCAUCUACGCCUACGGUUUUGAGAAGCCUUCAGCUAUCCAGCAGAGAGCUAUCAAACAGAUCAUUAAAGGAAGAGACGUGAUUGCACAAUCACAGUCUGGAACAGGCAAAACAGCAACAUUUUCCAUCUCCGUUCUACAGUGUCUGGACAUCCAGGUUCGUGAAACUCAAGCAUUGAUAUUGGCACCUACUAGAGAAUUGGCAGUACAAAUUCAGAAGGGGCUUCUGGCUCUUGGUGACUACAUGAAUGUCCAAUGUCACGCCUGUAUUGGUGGAACCAACGUUGGUGAAGAUAUCAGGAAGCUGGAUUAUGGACAACAUGUUGUUGCUGGCACACCUGGGCGUGUAUUUGAUAUGAUCCGUCGCAGAAGUCUAAGGACGCGUGCUAUCAAAAUGUUGGUUUUGGAUGAAGCUGAUGAGAUGCUCAACAAAGGUUUUAAAGAACAAAUUUAUGAUGUGUACAGAUACCUUCCCCCAGCAACACAGGUGGUUCUGAUCAGUGCCACCUUGCCACAUGAGAUCUUGGAGAUGACCAACAAAUUCAUGACUGACCCCAUCCGCAUUCUAGUCAAGCGUGAUGAGUUGACGCUAGAAGGGAUCAAACAGUUCUUUGUGGCAGUAGAGAGAGAAGAAUGGAAGUUUGAUACAUUGUGUGACCUGUAUGACACACUCACAAUCACACAGGCAGUCAUCUUCUGUAAUACCAAGAGGAAGGUUGACUGGCUGACAGAGAAGAUGAGAGAAGCCAACUUCACUGUUUCAUCAAUGCAUGGUGACAUGCCCCAGAAGGAAAGGGAGUCCAUUAUGAAAGAGUUCAGAUCUGGGGCAAGCCGAGUUCUUAUUUCUACAGAUGUUUGGGCCAGAGGUUUGGAUGUUCCUCAGGUGUCCCUGAUAAUUAACUAUGACUUGCCCAACAACAGAGAAUUGUAUAUACACAGGAUUGGUAGAUCAGGCCGCUAUGGCCGGAAAGGUGUUGCUAUCAACUUUGUGAAGAAUGAUGACAUUCGUAUUCUGCGAGACAUUGAGCAGUACUAUUCCACUCAGAUUGAUGAAAUGCCCAUGAAUGUUGCUGACCUUAUUUGAAGAAACAAGAUGGGCUGAAGAGACUCUUCUUAGCUGUGAUUUGUUACUCUACAGCACUAAGGGCUGCUUCUGCCUGUUCUUCUUAUUAAUACUUACUUUAAGAACCAUGUCAGUGUAACUCUCUAAAAUGGUUAGACGAACAUCAGCUUCAGUCUAGGCCACUGCUACCAACUAUGGCUCUGAAAGGUCAGAGUUGGUAAAAAGUAACAUUGGAAGCACCUACAAGUCCUUGGUAGUAUUUUUUUAAAAAAACAUUGUCAUUGUGGAAUCUCCUAAAUGUAGAAACUUGUUUUUUUAUUUUCUUGACGGAAGCUGUAAAAGUAGCAUCUCUGUAAAUAAGGUGUUCAUUGUCAUCCUACCUGCUACUAUCUUUUCUGCUGAUUAAAAAAGUGAAGUUUCCUAUAAAUUCUGUAUCUAUUCACUAA